AUGGCUUUAUCGUUCGUACCUUUCGCGGUUUUGCCCGUUGCCAACGAAGAUAAGUCCAUACGUCAUCAAGAUUAUCCAAGUAUGGAUAAAGAAUGUGACCAGUUUGAAAAGAAGCAAUUGACUCCAUCCAUUAAAGAUUUUUCUGAGCCUUUUCCUCAAAAUCUUAGUCAAUCUCCCUCCGCCAUCGAUUUGCCUCUUUCGUAA